AUGGCGUCGCACGAUGCGCACGCCGACGAGAGCACCGGCACCGGCGCAUUCGACGACUCGCUCCACGAAGCGCUGACCUCCAAGAACCAGAACCACAUGGCGACAGCAUCGGACGACCGCUCAACAACGCCGCCGCCGCCGCCCUUGGCUGCUGUCCAGCCACUGCCCACGUCGCUGCACUCGCUGGAAGACAACUCAGGGGUCGCGCACGACACGGGUGACGACAUGGCCGACACAACGGGCGGCUCGAUACAAGACACGCCGACUGGGACGGACGCGGCCGCCGACAGCAUAAAUGCACAUGCAGGCAAUGCAGAUGCCACUACAGGAGCAGUCUCCGACGGGCCCUCCUUUGCGCACGCGAGUUUCCUGGACCGGACCGGCCUGGGCCUCGACGGCGACAAGGCCUCGGACUCGUUCCACGACGCUCAGUAUCGCAUGAUGAACGACUCGCUGCCCGGCGUCGAAUCCAGCUUUGUCGCGCCCCUCUCGCCGCUGCCCACCAUCACCCAAGACGGGCCCGACGACACAUAUCUCUUUGACUCGCCCAGGAAACGGCAACAGCCAGCGGCCGCACCAGCACCCGGCUCUCUGCCACCGGAUGCCGGCGAACCUCAGACCCAGGUACAACCGUCCUCUGCACAAGACGAAGACUCCCUGCUCUGGCCGCCCGACGCACAACAACAACAGCAACAGCAAACCGCACCAAGGGACGACAGCCGACGACGAUCCCUCAACCUCAACGAGUCCACCGGCAGCGGCGGCAGCAACGGCCUAGCCCUGCGCUACGGCAAGCGUCCACGUUUCCUGCGAAGUCGCAACGCCAGCCAGCGCUCAUCUGCCUCGUCGUUUAUCACCAACCCAGACGCCCACGACGCUCACGACGCUCGCGAAGCGCGGGAAGACGGCGGCAACGCCCACGACGAUGUCGACAGCGACGUCACCGUUGGUCUCGGCGCCGACUAUGCGCUGCAGUCGGGUGGCGCCAUCCCAGUCGGUGGCCGCCGCAAUGCCAGCGACCUCUUGUCGCGGGCCGUCAGCAUGGGCAGUGUGGCCUCGUCGGCCCUUGGCGGUGGCAGCGAGACGUUGGAAGACAACGACCACGACGGCCACCACAACUCCGAAGAGCUACUGCGCACGCCGCGGCCUAACAAGGCGACCCUCGCCCCGCCCACCGACACUGUCCUCACACGCCGCGUCAUGGACAUCCAGGUGCCCGAGUCGCUGGCUCGCGAGUACAAGACCCGCAACGGCCUCAUGACACCGCGCAAGCCGUCCGACUUCCGUUCCGAGUUCGGCAGCACGACGGCGACAGCCACCAGCGCCAAGACGGCCGCGGCCAAUGCCACUUCCACUACCACAGGCACGCGCCCUGGCCGCAACAUGACCCUCAAGGAACAGAGCAGCACCAUUGAGCGCCUGUCCAAGGAAAACUUUGACCUCAAGCUCAAGGUCAUGUUUCUGAGCGACCGCCUCGACAAGCUCUCGGAAGACGGCAUCAAGGAGAUGAUUCAGGAAAACGUCGAGUUCCGCACCAACAUUGCCAUCCUGCAGCGCGACAACAAGGGAUUGCGGCGGCGCGUCAAGGAGCUGGAAAAGAAGAUUCGCGACGAGGACGACAACAACAACAGACCGGGCACCUCGCGCAGCGGCAACUCAUCCAACGGGCUCGACGAUCCCGAAGCCGCGGCCGCCGCGGACCAGGAGCGCGAAGAAGAAGUCUUGUACCUGAGGGAACGCGUCGAAGAGUUUACCAACAUCAUCGAGCAGCUGCGCCAGGACGUCUUUACCAAAGAAGCCGAGAAGCGCCGCAUGGGCGACAUGAUCAAGUCCCUGCAGUCCAGCAGCACCGACAAGAACACCGGUGAGACCCUGGGCCGCCAAGAAGAGGAGGAUGUGUGGAAGGAUCUGCUGGAGCAGGAGACUGCCCGCCGCGAGCAGGCCGACGACGACAACCGCAAGCUGCGCGACGAGAUCUUCCGGCUGAAGCAGGAGAUGCACAGCAGUGGUGCGGGGGCCACGGGGACCGUCUCGUCCAACGGCAACGGUGUCGGCGAGCGUAGCCUGCACCACACGACCAACAUCUACAACAUUUCCAAGCGGGCGGCCAACUCCAACGCCAACACCAACGCCAAUGCCCAUGCCGUCGGCGGCGACACAGACGGUGCUAGCGCCUCCACCGGCAGCAACACGCUGGUCGAAGAGCUCCGUCGCGAGGGCGAGCAACUGCGCCACGAGAACGCCGAGCUGCGCAAAGAGGUCGGCGCCCAGACGUCCAUGCUGACGUCGCGCAACCGCGAAAAGGAGCGCCUGUACCAGGAAAUCGAGGACCUCAAGAUGGCCCAGCGCCGCGGCGGCGGGCCCGCGCCCUCGACCAUUGACAGCCUGCUGGACCGCUCGGCGUCACAGAUCGGCAUGGGCGUGCGCGAGCGGUCUGGGUCGCGAGCUAGCGGCGGCACGCGGGCCGACACGGUCGUCGGCGGCACCGCGACAGGCGCGGCCGACGAGCAAGACCAAUACGACCGGGACGCCGCCCGCGAAGACCUCGAGAACCGCAACGCCGCGCUGCGCGACAAGAUCAACGAGGCCAAGCUCGAGAACCAGACACUGCUGCAGGAGCUCGAGGCCACGCUGCUGCAGAAGCAGGAGGCCGAAGAGGUGGCGCUGGGCGUGCAAAAGGACUACGAGGGGGCCAUGACCGACCUGAUGGCCAUGCAGGCGGAGCGCGACGAGCUGAUUGCUGAGCUCAACGACCUGGAGCAGAAGCACAGCAACCUGCAGGGCGAAUUCGAAGACCUGCGGGCCGAGGCCCAGGACGCCAUCGACGGCUACGAGGAGGAGGCCGACCUGCGCGACGCCGAAAACCAGAAGCUGCAGACGGAGCUGGCCGAGAAGACGGAAAACUUUGGCGCGCUGCAAGACGAGAUGCGCAAGCUCAGCGAGGCGCUGGUGGGCCUCGAGGACGAGACGGAGAACAAGGUGCGCCGCGUGCAGCAGCUCGAACAGGAGCUCGGCGACGCCAACAAGGAGCUCGAGGAGCUCGAGGCCAAGCUGCUCGAGUCCAACGACAAGGCGCAGCGGCUGCUGGUGCAGCAAGAGAACAGCCAGGGCGAGAUUGCGUUUUUGCGCGAAGAGCAGGAGAGCGACAAGAUCAACAUCAGCCGGCUCGAGGUCAGCAUCACCAAGGCCGAGGAGCAGAUCCGCGACGAGCAGGAGCGCGUCAAGCAGCUGCAGGCGCAGAUUGUGACGGAGCGCGAGCGCAGCGAGAGCCUGGCCACCAAGGACAAGAAGGAGAUGCAGCAGUUUGUCAACGAGCUGAGCCGCGAGGCGUCGGGCCACAAGGAAGAGGCGCGCAAGCUGCGCAAGAGCCUGACGUCGCGCGAGGUCGAGGCCACGGAGUGGAAGGAGCGCCUGAUGGAGCUCGAGAACAACAUGCGCGAGGCCCUGGGCGACUUGAACGGCACGCGGUCCAGCCUGCUCAAGAGCAUCGCGCAGAUUCAGCGCGAGCUCGAAAACUCGGUGCGCGAGCUGCAGACGACCAAGGGCAACCUCAUGGAAAAGGACCGCAUCAUCAAGCAGCGCGACGCCCUGCUCGAGUCGCACGGCCUCGAGGCGCGCAAGGUCGCCGACGCCCUCGAGAAAGAGCGCGCGGCCCACCGCAACACGAAGCACCAGUUCGACACCUUCCAGAAGACGCACCAGCACGUCACGCGCACCGUCACCACCCAGGACGCGCGCAUCACCGAACUCGAGUCGUCCAAGACGCUCGACAAGCGCCGCAUGUCCCAGCUCGAGUCCACCUUCCGCGACCAGCUCACCGAGCGCAACAACCUGCUGCUGCUGCUGUGGACGCGGCUCAGCGCCAUCUGUGGCACCGACUGGGCGCACGACAACUCGCUCAUCAACGGCCGCGCCCUGCCGUCCCUCGAAGUCGUCGCCACCAUGCUGUCGGGCUUCACCCGCAAUCUCAUGGCCGCCAUCAAGCACAUUGAGGCCGUCGUCGGCGGCUUCCCGGGCCGCAUCAAGGCCGUUGAGCGCGAUCUCUGGCGCGAGUACCAGUCGCUCGAGAGCACGCUCGACCAGCGCGUCAAGAGGCUGGACCGGCUGGAAGCUGUGGUCCGCAACACCAUUACGGGUGCCGGCCCAGGCGGCAGCAACGGCAGCAGCAGCAGCUUCGGCACCCCCGAGCUCCAGAGCCGCUUCUUGCGCUUGGAAGACGCCUACCGCCAGCUCAAGGUCGAAAAUACGACGUUGCGCGCCGCCAACGAUGUCCGCGCGCGCGUCUACGGCUCGUCGUCGGGCAACGGAGACGGCAGCAACGGCGGCACGGGUCUGGGCAUUGGCGGCAGCAGCGGCGUCGGUACCGACACCAUGUUCGACCUCCCCGGCGGCGGCGGGUCGCCCUCGCCGUCCAUCCCCACCGGGCCCCGCGACCGCAGCGCCAAGUCCGCCCGCGGCAAGUCUGGCCGCAGCGGCGUGCCCCGCCCCAUCACCUCGUCGUCGUCGUCGGGUGCCCACCUGUCGCUGACAUCGGCGUCGUCGCGGCCCUUGACGGCGGGCGAACUGGCGCUCCACGAGGGCGAGGACACAGGGUCGGGAGCGGGCGGCGGUGCGGACCCUCGGUGGAUUUUGCGGCUGCGCGACCUCGAGAACAAGCUGAAGCUCGAGCGCGAGGGUCGGACCAUGGACCGAAACGAAGCGGUGCGGCGGUUGCGGGAGCAGGAAGCUGAGCUAGCGCGGCGCAGCGAGCGAGACAAGCGACUGGGGCGGGAGGACUGA